AUGACUCGGCGGUGUUCGCAUUGCAGCAACAACGGCCACAAUUCUAGAACCUGUCCCACGCGCUCCUCUCUCGCGUCUUCGUCCUCUUCUACGUUAUCUGGAGUGAAGCUCUUCGGCGUAAGGCUCACCGAUGGCUCAAUUAUUAAAAAAAGUGCCAGUAUGGGAAACUUGUCUGCGCACUACCAUUCCUCUUCAUCAGCCGCCGCUUCACCUAAUCCUGACUCUCCUGUAUCUGAUCAUGUUCGUGAUUCGGGUCAUGUACCUGACGGCUAUUUGUCUGAUGACCCCGCUGCCCAUGCUAGCUGCUCUACCAAUCGUCGUGGAGACAGAAAAAAAGGUGUCCCAUGGACUGAAGAGGAGCAUCGGUUGUUCUUAGUUGGUCUUCAGAAAUUGGGAAAAGGAGACUGGCGUGGAAUAGCUCGAAACUUUGUGGUAUCUAGGACUCCCACCCAGGUGGCCAGCCAUGCUCAAAAAUUUUUCAUCCGGCAGAGCAAUGGCACUCGGAGAAAGAGACGGUCCAGCCUUUUUGAUAUGGUUCCAGAAUUGGCCCCGGAUCCGCAGCCUGUGCCAGAAGAACAAGAGUUGCCAUCCUCUCAGGCAGGAGAUACUGAUAAUGUAGAUGAACUACCUUCAUUGAAUCUCUCUCUCAAGCCAGAAUUUGAACCCAUGGAUACUGAAUCUCGAGAUCUAUUCAAGGAAGCUGAUAAAACUGUGAUGGGGUUGAGUGAAUUCAAUCCAAAUGUACCUAGUUCAAACGUAUUCACCCCAACUGUUUCAGGGUCAAGUGAAUUCACAGCAGUUCCUGGAUUUUUCCCAGCUUACUUGCCCGUUCCCUAUCCUUAUUGGCCUCCAAGUGCCACCCCCUUUGAAGAAGGUAAGUUUGCAGCAACAUCGCAUCAUGAGGUCCUGAAGCCAGUGCCUAUGGUUCCCAAGGAGCCUUUUAAUGUAGAUGAACUGGUUGGUAUGUCUCAUCUCAAUCUAGGAGAGACUGAGAGACACCACAGGGAGCCUUCACCACUUUCCCUGAAACUAAUUGGGGAGCCAUCAAGGCAGUCUGCAUUUCAUGCAAGUGCUCCAGCCAGUGGAUCUGAUUUAAGUAAUGGCAAGGCUAGUCCCAUCCAAGCAGUUUGA